AGCUACUAAUGUAUCAACUUCACUACGUUCUCAACGUUUCUGUUACACACACCGCUUUGUUGGUUUUCAUUAUUUUAAAGAAAAUACGUCAAAUUAAAUAAAUAUUUUAGUUUUUUUUUUUUCUUAAUUGAUAAUAGGUACCGUUAGGAAUGUAAGCUUGAGCAUUUUCAUUUAGAAUUUUUUUUUUCCAUUUAAAUUUUCUGAAAAUUUAAUUUAAAUUUAAUUCAUAAACAAUUUUUAAAAGUGUGUUUUUAAAAAAAAAAAAAAAUUUUCACAAUCAAAGUUAUCAGUAAGUAAACUUAUAUAUAUUUUUUUCAAAGGGGGUUCACAAACUUAAUAAAAAUUACGGUUUUAAAAAGUUUUACAAUCGAAUCACGGGUGAUAUCACGUCCUAGUAAUAGUACAAAAUAUUAAAUAAAAUAAUCAUGAAUAAUAUUCAAAACCUUGUAAAUUACAAUUUAUGCAUUUUUUUUUUUUUAAAUUUAUAAAUCGUUGAAAGAGUACCUAAUCAAUACACAAAUAAUAAUAUGUAAACCAUCACAAUACAAGGAGUACCAAGGAGUUAUGACAAAUGCGAAACUUGUAUAACUUCGGUUCACUGUUUUUAAAUUUUUUCUUUUUGUAAUAAUUACUAGAACGUUAUGCUAAAAUUUUUAUUUUCAUAAUACUAUUAUUCCUAUAUCUACAAUAGUUUUUAAACCACGGUGUUCUUCCUAUUCGAAUACAAUUCCACUAUUUUGUUGUUGAAAAUGAUAUUUAUGUUGAAUUAAUUCCUAAAAAAUUGAUACAUCAUAACAUUAAUAUAAAUUAAACCUCUUAAGUUUAACUAUGUUCAUUCACUAAUAUUAAAAUGUGAAAGCUUGUCUCUCUGUUUUGUCAUCUUUUUAAUGCUAAAACGGUGAACUGACCUUGAUAACAUUUUGCCAGACGUUUGUAUUCUGAUAACGUAAAUCAGGAUCGUUAGUCGUGAGGACGUGAGUCAGGAUUUAAAUAAAUUACUGACAAUUUCACCGAUUGUAUAUUUAUUUUUAUAGAUAUAAUAACAAUGUCGUUAAAAAAUAUUUGGAUAACAAUAAUAGUGGUAAUAUUACCGAAAUACGUUGUAUACUCGGAGAUGUUAAUCAAUAUUACCGAACCUAAAGGAACACAUAAUAUAAGUAGUGAAUUAGUCCAGAACAACUUCAACAAUUUGAUAAAAAAUACUCCAGUGUUUUUUAAUAAUAGCAGACAAUGUAAUUCAAAACUGUUGUACGGCGAUAUUAUAGCAAAUAGUAUGAACAAUUUUUUUCCGUUUUCUAAUAUAAAUCAAAAUUGUACCAAAGACGGACAGCAAUAUAUGACAGAUUUAAAAAAUCGAAAGCUAUGGGCAGUUAAAAGUAAGUGAAUUAUAAUAAACAGCAUUUUUUUUUCUGUAACUGAUAAAUUAUUGGUACCUAUACGUGACAGUUAAGUCACGCUAAUAUUCUUUGGAAAUUCAAAUUUAUUUUAUUUUUUUUUUACUUUUUUUUAAAAAAAUUCAUUUUCACAAUCUGUUACAUAAAAAUAAGUGAAUUAAAUUUGGUGCAAACAUAGUGACAACCGUGAUUUGUACGGACAUGCCUUGCUCUAGCAUUAUUAUUAUUAUUAAUAUUAGAACUCGAUGUUAAUCCAAUUUUUUUGUUUAACUAUUUAUUAUAACCUAAAAAGUUUCUACUUCACAAAAUAUAAUCAAAUCUAUCUCAUUCACUUACAUUUCUGAUUCAAAAAAAAAAAAAAUUCAACUGAAAAUCGUAUUUUUAUUCUAUCAGCUCAUUGCAAACGUUAUGAAUCUAUACAAUUUUUCAAGUCAAGAACAUUAUCGAUAGUUUGAAGCAUUUGAACAAUAUUGGCCAUACUAAAGUUUUUCAAAUUGAUUUAUUUUUAUGUGUACUACAAAAAAACCCUCCGCUAUUAUUUUUUGUUUAAUUAUAAAUUUACCAAUCUUGGUUAAAAAUAUCGUUCAAUUUCACGACAUAAAUAAUAAUAAUUCAAAAAUUAUUCACCUUUUUCAUUUCAUUUCAUUUCAAUCCAAUCAUUUUUCUGGUCAGACUAAACGUGCCAUUAUUACUUCACACCUUUUGCAGAAACCAUUAAUUAGAAAGUAUGGUUAAACAAUAAAAUAUGUAUUAUAUUAUUGUGUUGUAUUAGUUUUUCUAUCGCUAAAUAUUCCAACAAUAAUGUAUUUUUCAAUUUAUUAUUAUUAUUAUUCGUUAUUUUUUCAGUGUACGAUUCUUCGUCAAAAUACCCCAGAGGUGUAAUCAAUUCGGGCACAGAAUUUGGCUAUUUCGAUCAAUGCAUGAGCGUACAAUCAGAAAAAUUUGGAAUUUACGGCGCGUACGCAAUGGCUAAUUUUCGAUUCCACCUUACAAAAAACUGUAAUACCAAUUCGUCAGUCGAUACCGAUGUGCAAGCACAUAUGGAUCAGUUAAAUGUAACAUUAUAUAGUUUAUGAUCUCCUCAAUUAAAAUAUUCUGCAUAUAGUUUGAAAAUAAUUAUUUAAAAUCAUAGUCCUAGAAACAACGUACCGAAGUUUAUCUCAAACCUAUUUAAAAGGGUGGUUGAGAGAAAAUAUUAACAAUAAAGUUGAGAAUAUUUUUAGAAAAAUACAGAAUAGGUAAAAUAACAUACAUUUGAGGUUCUAUCAUAUAGUAUCAUAAUAUGCCAGAUUUUGCAAGCCAUCUCUUUCUAACAAAAUUAUAAAAGUAGUCAACAUAAAGCAGGUUAUAAGGGAUGCGUCGUCUAUAUAUUAUUAUUUCUAUGUUUAAAACUACCUAAUAAUGUUUAUGAUAAUAUUUUGUUGAAAACUUAUAUUGAAAUAACUCUAAAUCGAAAUUGAUCCGAAGACCCUGAAAUAGAAAAUAAAAGUUUAAAUAUUCACGUGGAAAAUAUAUAAUAUUAUAGACCGAUUUUUUUAGUUUUAUCAUAAAUAUUUUUUAAAUAAAUUUUCAGGGAGAUUCGCUUGUAACUGAACCACCAGAAGUCCUUUCGUGGGCGUUGUGUUUCCCGGAAUCCUGUACAAACGAAGACGUGAAACUAUCCAUCGAACGCGCUAUAAUACCCGCGUUCCAAGCUUACAAUAUCACCGUAGACGUAUCUGUGCCAUCACUAUUGUAUACGUCCAAAAAAAAUUCUUCCGAAGAUCACGUCGACACGGAAACUCUAAUAAUCUAGUGAGUAGAGAUUAAAUGAGUAAAAUUCCAUGGAAAAAAAAAAAAGUUGGAAAAUAUUAAAAUAAAAAAUUCUCGGAAAAACUGUUUUUCUUUUUCGGGAAAUAUUUUAUUAUACAUAAAAUAAUGUCCUUCAUCCCUGAAUUGUGUUUUUGUUUUCUGUAUAGCACGUUGGUCGUCUUUGGAGUCAUACUGGCACUAUCUGGAAUGCUGUAUGACGCAUUACCAGAUUGGUUAAAAUGGAAAAACGGCAUGCGAUAUUUUGGUAAGUCCGAAUAUUUCUAUCAUUUUAUUCGUUGUACAUGUGAAAUAACGAUUUGAGGUAGUCAUUGCCCCUUGGUGUCCGCAAAAUUUUGUAAAAAUAAUAUAAGAAUUAUGUAGAUAAUUUAUUAUUUAAAACUUAGUCUUACAGAUGGCAGCAUUGAUUUUAACCAUGUAAUAUUAAAUUAAUAAAUGCUUUUCAUUUUAAAAUACAUAUUAUGUUACUUACUACUGCUUUGAUAGUUUUAGAUUCUUUAUAAAAUUGAAUGUUUCUAGGUUCUGUAAAAUAAAUAAAAUAACCAAAUCAUUUUGAAAUUAACUUAUUUCUGUUAUUUGUAUACUGUAACCACAAAGAAAAACCAAAACAAAUCAAUUUUUGUUUUGCGGUAUUGUAUAACAUAUGAUUAAAAAUGAUAACUGAACCAGGAAAAAAUCCGAAGGGGGUCAUGGCAAGGAAGAGGUGUGCCCCUACUCGACCUCUGCGGACGCCCUUAGACUCACUGCAAUAUGUAUUAGUAUGAUAAAAAUAGGUAUUUUGUUUCAAAUUAAGGAGAGUUCCUUCAUAUGUAUUCGGCGGAAAACACAAUGAUUGACUUAAGGCGUGAUCGAAAAACCGACGAGUUUUCCAUGAUAGACGGACUGAAGACAAUGGCCAUUUUAACCGUGAUCAUCGGACACAGAAUGACACUAGACUUUGCAACGCCAAUAUUGAAUUUAGAGUACAAGGAUUACGUAUGUAGAAUGUGGAUGAGAUUUUCUCGUGGAGUUAAUUAUUUGUAUAAAUGUUUUAUAACUACUUUUUUUUUUGCUAUAUAGAUUAUUAGCAAUUUAUGGUGUUCGGUCCUCAAAACAUUUGUUUCCGUUGAAAUAUUCUUCGUUAUUAGCGGGUUCCUUACGUACUUAGUAAUCGAAAAACGCUUGACGAGUGGAAAACCGCUGAACUUCAUCCUUCUGUUGUGUAAUCGGCUUGUCAGGUAUAAAAAACUAUAAAAUAUAUAUUCAAUACUACUAUUAAUUACUUAUACCUAUACUUAUAGAAUUUUAAAAUAUUAUAAAUGUAUAACUAUUGGAUUGGUCUAGAAUAUGUGGUUUUUUAAUAAAAAUAAUAACAAUUUUAUUGUUUGUCUAUGUAAACAACUUUUUUACCAGAAAUCUUGUUCCAAACAAUAAAUGACAAAAAACUCUAGUUGGUGCAUUUAGGAGAUUUUUUUUUAUUAUCAUAAUAUUCCUAGUAAUUGUAAAAAACCGGAAAAAAAUAAUUAAAAUCGAAAAAAUUUACAGUUUCAUAGUUUUCGAUUUUCUAUUUUUCUCGUGAUUCAGUUAAAAAAAAUCGAAGAACUCUAAAAUUUGUGUAGAAAACUUACAGAAAAUAUAUAAUAACGUUUUAUCAGUGUUAAAUUUUUUCAAAAAAUGCUGACAACUUUUUAAGCUAUAUAUAGAUUUUUUAAGUUAUUUAAUCACGGUAUUUUGCGUAAAAGGACGUGACACAGACAUGUGUGUCUGGAAGGGGGACAAAGCGAGGCAUUUGUCCUCCCAUAGACUUCAAAAUUUCGAAUAUAGUUUUAAUAAUUAGUUAAUAUAAUUUUAUUUUAAGUAUUAUUAUGCUGAUCAAUUUCCUGCAAGCGCCCAUGUGCACAGCACAAUGAUUUUGUAGCGACGGUUGCGGUGGUGGUGUUGAAGGAGUAAUUCGGAUGGCACUGCUGUUUUAUUACAUUCCUAACUACAACCCAUAAAAUCAUAAAUUAAUAAGUCAUGUUUUGUGGUAGUUAUUUGAAAAAACUUUUAACCCACCUCCUCUUAGAAUCGUUUUUCUCUAGCAAUAAUAUAUCGUUGCGUAUAAAUAUAAAUUAAAUAACUCUAUGUAUACUACCUUACCAAAUUUGUAUUAUUUGGUUACUAAAACAAAUUUAUUGCGUACGAUCUUGUAUUCCGUAAUAUCUUAUUGGUAAAAUUAAUAUUACUAUAAUUUCUAAAAUAUCUUAUUGAAAGUGAUAAUUAUGUUGCGCCAUGAAUAUGUAAAACCAUAUACUACUGAAAUUUAUCAUGGACAAUUAUUAAAAUUAUAAUCUAUAUAGUAAAUGGUGUAAAUUGGUGUAAAUCCAAUAAUAAAAAUAGUGAAUUAAUAAUUAAUAAUAAGUAUUAUAAUUAAAAUUAUAAUACUUAGUAAUCUUAAUGUUACAUUGUUUUACUUGCUUAUUGUUAAAUGCAUUAACAAUAAUUCUAAGGUAAUAUUUUAUGUACAAUUAAACAUAUUUUGUUUUUUUUUAGAAUUCUACCUACUUAUGUGUUUAUCAUCGUGAUAUUUACCUUUGUAUUGCCAAAGAUGGGCGAUGGUCCAUUAUGGAAACUCUUUAUUUUCCCCGAAGCCGAAUGUUGUCGAAAAAACUGGUGGACCAACAUUUUGUUUAUAAAUAAUUAUGUAAACACACACGAAACGGUAAAUAUGAAUUGUUAACAUCUACAUAUUAAGGUGCUUGUAAUUUAACUGUUAUUUUAAAAUAGAAACUAUUGUUAUUUAUUUGAUUUCGUUCCAAGCAUAUUCUUUGUAUAGUUAAUACGUAUAGCAGACGUGCUUUGAUUAAUUCUAUUAAAUAAUUUAAUAUUUCAAUGGUUUAAUGUGAUAAUUAUUUCCAGUGUAUGUUACACGCAUGGUACAUGGCAUGUGACGUCCAUUUCUUUGUGGUCGGAAUAAUCUUGACAUAUCUAGUAUGGAAAUGGAGAAAAGUUGGCAUUUUAAUUUUUAGUUUGGUAUUUGCAAUAUCCAUUUAUAUACCGGCAAAGUGCAUCUAUGAUCAUAACCAAAUGGCUGUCAUGAUGUUCACUCUUAAGUAAAUUUGUGAAAUAUAUUAUUUUAAGCAAUUGUGUAAAAAAGGUAUCAUAGGCAAAUGGCAUACAUGAUUUGAAAAUUUAAAAAUUAAUAAAUGAAUCUUUACAUUUGUAUUUGUAAAUCGACAAAAUUACAUGAACAUCAAAAGACAUAUUAUAAGUAAACUGAUAUACCACGACUAAAUAAAUAGACAUGUCAUACGUAUUUUUCCUAGCAUUGCUUUUAUGCACCAGUCUUGGAAGAAACGGUAUAAUAACCAUACCUCCACCAUCCUUCCAUCUUAUCAUGAUCGGUCCAUAAAAUCAUCUUAAUCGGUGUGAUUCUGUGUGAUAACCUUAAUAAAAGCGUAAACCAAUUUGAAUCAAAUUCCCAUGAUAUCUCCAUGAUUUUAUCGUUUAUUCUACGUCUGAGGCAUAUUUCAUGUACAAAGCGAUUUUGCUGACAUACCUGUUUAUUUAGCCAUGCCCUAACCUUAUUAUAACCUAACCUUUACGUUAUUCGAACAUGUUUUUUUAACGAUAAAUUAAUAUAUAAUGCACCGUACUGUUUCCAGAAACAAAGAUAACAUCAGAGAAACUGAACAUUUUCAUAGAAUUUAUAUAAAAAGUCAUCACCGGAUCACAACCUAUCUUAUUGGUCUUGCGGCUGCAUACGUUUAUUUGCGCAUUAAAAAAUCCAAAUUCAAAUUUUCAGCAGUAUGUAUUUAACCUAAUUUAUAUCAAAUCAAUUUUAGAUUCGGAUUACUUGUAAGAACAAAAUGUUUAUGGUUAUUGUUCAGAAAAAUAGAAUAAUUGGAUUCAUUGUUAGCAGUUUGAUACAUAUGGCCUGUUACAUAGCAACCGGGUACUUCUAUUUACCAGGAAUAACAUACAAUCCAUGGUUCCAUAUAUUAUACUUCACUCUCCAGAGAAUCAUAUAUUCUUUAGUUAUAUCAUACUAUAUCAUCGUCGGUUCCAUAUCAAAUUUUGGUACGUUCUUAAUUAUAUCCACUACAAUAUAAAAAUCAUAAAUAAACAAAUAGUAUACCUAUGCCGAGUUGUAUCAAAUAUUUACACAGAGAUAAAAUCGUAUAAACUCUGUAGUUUAAAUAAAUUCUGUAACAAAAACCGUGUUUUAAAUUAUACCUGUUAAUAAAAAUAUACUUUAUCAAGAGUUAAAAUUACAGGCUCAUUUAUCAUCAUGUAAAAAUGUACGUAUGUAAGUUAAAUUUUGUUAUCAAUGUUUGGCGUUACUUCUGCAUGCCGGUGUAACUGGGAUUAUUUACCCCCGUGAAAUUUUACCCCCCUCGGUAAAUAUUCUCUGGUAAAAUUUCACGGUAAUAUUUUUUAUUUUUUAUUUGUUUGUAAUGAUUUUGUUUAACAAUCUGUUUAGGUUAGGACAGUUAUAACUCAUAAAUAAUAACUAUGUUAAAUUUAUUUAUUUAUCUCUCAAAUUAAACCUUACUAUAAUUAUUUUUAAAACCUUUUGACAUCUUGAUGGAACUCGUCUAAUUAUUUACAUAAAAAUAUUAAAAUCAAGAUGGUGUGCCUUUAUUAAGAAAUAAUGAAUUCGAUUUAUCUUCCAAACUAAAUGAUCGAAAUUUUCGAAAAAUAUUAAAAUUUAAAUGGAUUCUGGGGAUAAGGAAAUAGAAGAUAAUUUAAAAAAUUCAAGUUCCAAAGGUUUUUUUUUUGCAGGAAAACUACGCAAAAUUAAAUUAAAUGUCCAUUUAUAGUAAAUAUUAACUAUCGGUAAUAUUCAGUAGCGGAUUUUCAAUAUUUUUCAGAGAAGUGUCUUGAAAAAACAUAUUUAUUUAAAAGUUAUCUCUAUUAACAGUUGAUCCUUUUUAGGACGAUAUUUCAUUGAAAUUAUAUCAGUGUUUGGGGGGCCCAGACCCCUUGGAUCCUCUUCCCGUAAAUUUGACAACAAUAAUAAACAAACAAUAAACAUAAUAAACAAAGUAAAACCCUCUCCAUAUUAUAGUAAUAUAAGAAUUCGACGAAACAAUAGAUAAUGAAAAUUACAUUAAAAAAAUAAUAAGUAAAAUUUCACGGGGUGAAUAAUUGCGAGUACGGUUUAGUGGAACUAUUUAUUCGUUACUCAUUAUUCUGAUAAUAACCUGAAUAUAAAACAAUGAUUAAGCAACACUUGUAAAUUUAACACAUAUGAAAACUUUAAUUUAUCAACCAUUAGUUUAUCGUUAUUAAAAUAUUUAACAUCAAUCAUUGGAUUAUAUAGUUUAUCAACAAAUAAACUAUAUAACAGAUAAGUUUGUUGCAACCGGGAACUAGGUACUUAAUUAAAAGAAUAUAAAUAAAAUAAUGUAUGGAUUAUGUUUUUAUGAGUUUUAAAAUAUCUACGGAAAAAAAUAUCCGUUUAAGUAAACCUAGACGAUUGUAGCAUUUAGUAUAAAAGUGUGUCUAAGGUAAUUUUACUUGAAAAAUAACAGUACUCUUCUAUGACUAAAAUUAAUUCCAAAAUAAAUAAGCAGCCUAUUAUAAAACCAUACAGCAAUGUGUACCUAUAUUUUAUGGUAUAUUAACGUUCCACGUUUUUAUUUUUGAGUAAAUAAAUUAUUUUUAUUUUAGGUUUCAUUAGUAGUAUAAUGGGAUGUAAAAUGUUCGCCGUUAUAGGAAAAAUAACAUAUAUUAUGUACUUGGUGCAUUUCAUUGUUCAAUUUAAAUCUAUUGGACAAAUUCGCCAACCCCAGUUCGAAAGCUUUUGGACUUUCGUAAGUGAAAAAUUGCUUUAAUAAGUGAAUACAAAAUUAUGACAGUUUAUUAAAAUUAUGAAUGAUAAUUGACUACUUACACCUAUAUAUAUUUUUUUUAUAUUAUUUUAAGUUCUGGAAAAUCAACGGUGAUUUCACUACAACUCUGGUUUACUCGAUAAUUAUCAAUUUCAUCAUUGAAGGACCAAUCAGAAAAAUAUUGAACAGAAUCAUGAACGGUCUUUUUGAAAGUGAAAAUUGUAUUGGUAACUAUUAAUUAUUUUUACAUAGAUGCGAAUAUGCGAUACUCAAUUAUCAAUUACCUAAAUAAUAUUUUCAGGCGAGAAGUAUAAUUCUUACAAAGGAAAUAUUGUCGAAAAAGAAAAUUCCGUUCUCGAGCAACUUCAAGGAACUCUCAAUGGAUAAAUAGUCAGUAAAUCUAUGAUUAACCCUGUGAAAAUCAAUAUUAUAUAAUAAUAUGAUAUAAUAUUUGUAAACAAUGCAUUAAGUGUUCAAGGAAUGUUUUGCAUUUGUUUGACAUUGAACAGUAAUAAAAAGUUCUUAAAAACACGAUUUAUUUAAUUUAAAAACAAAAAAAAAAAACGUAUAAAUACUUAUCUGGUUGUUAAAUUCGGUAUCAGACAUAAGGGGGAGAAGAAAUCUAUAUUAAGAUUUAAUGUUCCUAUCUACACUAUAUUAUAUCGAUGUUUUUACUAUAUUUUUUUGUUUAGAAAUCAGAUGCAUUUGUCAAUUACUGUCAAAACACAAUACUCUGCAUAGUUACAAAUGUUCAGUUACAUAGCAAUUGUAUUUAUAUCGAUUAUUACGUACAUAUAUAAUAAUACUUAUAUAAGACAUUUAAAAUAAUAGUAAUUGUAAAAAUUAAAUUUAAAUUAAUUAUAACUAUUACGAAAGUUUUAAUUUAGUUGUUUUGAAUAAUAAAUUAAAUAUCGAUUUAAUAACUAACUUAGUAAUACGAUAGAAAAUAAAAAUUAAAAAUAAUAUAAUUGAAAUAAUAAAUGCAAAUAUGUCUAAUGAAUAGUAUUGGUACCAUACUAAUUCUACUGCUGGUGAACGUAAAUGAUGAGCUCCUUUAUGCCUAAUAACGUAUUCCACCCAAUAUACCGCCUUGUCUAUAGAUGUCAAAGGUCGAUCAUUAAAUAUUAAAGACAUUCUCAUAGCAUUUUCUUUAAAUCUGAAAUAAUAUCAAGCAAUCA